AGUGAUCAAACCCACCACACCCGCGCGCUUCCUACAAGUCCUCUCUCUGUUGCCCCGUUUGCCAACCCAUUAAGAUGUCGGAAAACAUCCUCUUCGAAAACAGCUUCAAGAUUACUGAGCUCAAUAACGCCAAGUAUGACAAGGUCUCCCGCAUCAAAGCUUUCAGCGAGGGUGGAAGCGAAGUGCUCCUCACCCUCGAUGUCAACACUGAGCUGUACUCUCUGAAUGUCGAUGAUCGCAUGACCGUUGCGCUGGCUCUUUCCCUCAACUUGGACGGCAGUAAGGAUGACGGAAAGGGCUGGAGAGACGUUGGAAGAGGAGAACAGACACUGGCCGAUGAGUUUGACUACGUGUGCCACGGCAAAAUCUACAGAUUUGAGGAAGGUGAAAAAGACAAUAUAAAGGUCUAUGUAUCUUUUGGUGGCCUCCUUCUCUACAUGGACGGUCCCUACGCCUUGCUCAACGCGUUAAGAAUCGACUAUGUCUAUCUGCUCAUCAAGAAAUAAAGCCACAAACAAUCUGUCUGGGGCCCAGGUCCAGCAUUUCCUAUUCAAAGAAAAUGGUGGUUGCAAAUGCCUGGUGCCGAUAUCAUGGUGUCGGAAACCCUAGCUUCCUGUGACACCUGGACACGAUCUCGAUAUAAUCAGGCUCGUUCUCUGGAGUCAGUAUUCCGUGCCUCACAAAAAACUCCACCAGCACUUGAGCGCAGUUUGGUUUGAACUUGCCCUCGGCCAUCGCAUCCUUGACCUCUUUUAUUGUCAGAAGCUGGAAGUCGAUGGCUUCAUCGUCGCCAGGCUUCGGGAUGACAUUCGAUGGAAGCUCGAGGUCAUAGAUGUACUGGCAUUCAGGUUGACACAGGCCUAUUUCGCCGCCAGCUCUCGAAUCUCGGACGUGGAAAUAAGUCAGCGUACCACAAGCUUUGGCGGACUGUACGACAUCUGCCGGCAACGAGGCUUCUUCGUCACAUUCCCUCACCAGACAUUCGAAAGGCUUUUCUCCCGUGCUUAACCCUCCGGCAACGGUGUUAUCCAUCAUGCCAGGAUACGUCGGUUUGGUCAAAGCUCUGCGAGGCGCCCAGAUCUUCAUACCUUCUUCGGUCUGGACGUAGCCCGUCAUAUGCACUCCAUAUGUGACAACGCCGAAGAGGGGGGUUGCAGAGCGUUCCAUGCUGAGAAUGAGCUCUUUGCCAGGUCCGUAGAUGGGGUACAGCUCACUGCGCCAACCAUCCAGCACGCGAAAGAUUUUCUGUUCUCUCACGCUCUGUAAAUAUUGCGCCAAGAUCUUGUUGCGGCCUUCUAAUGCUUUCACAUGCUGUCCCUCCUCAUCCCGAGGUUGGAAUGCCAGUAUUCGAUUGCCUUGAUCAAGGCUCCAAUGCUUGGAGGACGGCAGUUUGGUUGCAACAUCAGCAGACACAUAGCCUAGAGAUACCUG